UAUUCCAAGAUAUUAUCAUUAAGCACAAAAAAAAUGGAGUAAUUAGGUAGGAAAGUUGGAUGCCACCCACUCAUGUUUCAAUUCCAUCUACAAAAAAUUCAAUCAUCUUUUGCUAUGUCAUCCUACCAUUUCCUUUUUACUCCCUAAUUCACACCAAAACCAGCAAUUUAGCUGUCAACAAUGGCGGCUUCUUCCUCCAUGAAUCCUCUAAUUUCUUCCCUUGUCGAAAAUGGUAGAACUCUUGCCAGCCUACUUCGUGAGGCCAAAAGCCAACACAAAAAAGAGAUUUCUACUACUUCUAGGCAAGAGAACCUUCAAAACAUUUAUGUAAAAGCUGGAAAUGUAGUUCAACAAAUACUGCAAAAACUCGAAUGUUCUCAACUUCCAUCCUUUUUUCCUGAAAAAAUCAUUCUUAAAGUAUUUGAAAAAAUCCAAACUACCCUACAAAAAUUGAUCAAACUUGACAUAAAUAAUGCCCCCAAAUAUGAAGAUCUAGCUAAGAUCAUCAAUGACUCUAAAUCCAAGAAGCAGUUCUCUGCUGUCGGAUCUGCUUCGAUACUCGAGCGUAGUAAGUCACCAGGCGAUGAUUCUGCUCAAUAUGAAGCUUCUACUAAGGAUGAUGAACCACAGGUUGAGCAGUUUCAAAGGCUUACUGAUGAAGAGAAGAACUGUCUUAUAUCCCUCUGUUUGUUCUCCGCGCGAAAGGUGAUAAAAAAGAGAGAAGCGUUUCAUUUAUGGAUUGGCCUCGAAUUAAUUUCUGAUCCAUUAAAGGGUCCUGAAAUGUUGGCCAAUCUUGUGGCUGAGGGAUUCAUCGAGCGCACUAUUGUCAAUAAAAAGUUGUGCAAUAGAUACAAGAUGAACGAAAUUGCGCGCUCUAUGAUUAUUCACGAAAUGAAGCUCGUCACAGUUGAGCCACACGGCUUUUUUUCUAUAAUGGAUCAACCACAAUCUUCGCAACAACAACAACAACCACCACAACAACCAGCGCGACAAGGUUCACUUGCUAAACUUGGGCGUACCUUGUCUAUUCUAACCCAACCAGAAGAUAAAAAAGUUUUAUCAACUAUGGUGCUCAACAUAAGUGAGAACACACUUGGUGCUACAACAUUCGAACGACUAUCUAAAAGAAAGAAGGAUGUUAAGGUGUUACACCUUGGUAGUUGGGAUCAUAAUCCGAAAAGGUACAUAAUGGUUGAAGACAUCGAUGCCCUUAGAGCUUUGACGAAGAACAUGUGUCAAGUAACUUUCUUAAGCUUCGAAGGGAUAUCAGGAAUUGUUGAAUUACCGGAUUCAGUUUACAAGCUCGAUCAUCUGAAGGUGCUGGAUUUAAAAGCAUGUCCUAACUUGGAGUCUCUUUCGAAGGGGAUCCAUUCGUUGAAACAACUCACGCACUUAGACUUGUCCGAAUGUUAUCUUCUCGAUUACAUCCCCAAAGGAAUUGAACUCCUUACUGAGCUUAGACUGCUCAAAGGAUUUGUAAUUAAUCCUGAAGAUCCACAAGUAGGAAAUGGUAUUGAGAAUGGGAAAAAUGCAUCUACAUGUGCGUUGUUUAGUGAUUUAUCGAAGCUUAAGAAGCUGAUAAAAUUAACUAUACGCACUAGAAGAAUGAACUUCCCAACAAGUGAAGAUUUCGAUACACUGUAUGCAAUGGAGACGCUCGAAAAUCUAAGAAUCGCAUGGGUAUGGAGUUCUGUUGAUAGUCCGAGUGCAAGCGCAUCAGGAAGAUUUCCGAAGAGCCUGAAGAAAUUGGAGUUUCAGGCUGCUCCCGAGAACACAAUGUCACGACUAUUAAGGUUAGUUAGUGAAGAUUCACAAAAUUCUUUGGAGAAACUCUACAUUCGAGGAGGUCGACUUUGGGAUUUGGGUAUGGAGAUGCAUGUUUUUCGUUGUGUACACACUGUUCGUCUGCGAUACUUGCCUGAUCUACGCAUGGAUUGGGAUGAAUUCAGGAAGUUUUUUCCUGAACUAACUCGACUCGAGGUAUCGGGAUGUCCUAAUCUCAUCUUCUUCCCGUGCGAUGAAAAUGGUGUUUGGGAAGAGGCAAAGAAUUCUAAUGGUGAGAUUUCAUAGGUUACCUAUGAGGAACAACACAGGAGGAUCAAAAUGUGAGGGAGCUAAAGCAGCCAGUUGGAGAGAUAUUCGGAGGGAUCACAUCCUUAAUUUCUCUAUUGGUCAUUCGUUGGAGGAGAAAAACUUGUCGUUUCACAUGCUUAGACGAUGCUAUUGUUGUGCGGUAAAAAUCUACCUGUACCUGACGAGAUUCAGGGACAUGACCACAACUGAGGCCAUGUUCUGAUUUAGUCUGCAUGACCGACAAGUACGUGGCUGAAUCCAGCGUUAAACCAAGUCAUAACCCGUUGAAGCAGCUGAGAUAAUCAAGGGGAACUCGCCACAAGUCUAGGAGAUAGUUAGUUGGAAUAUUUGUCAUUUGUAACGACUUAGCAACAAUAACAUUAGUUAGGUCUCUUAUUAUAAAUAGAGCUUAUGUAGUCAAAUAUAAGGCAUCAGUUACAAUCUACUCUUACUUUACUUAUUCCUCAGUAUUCUUGUAUUUUCCCAUCAGUUUUACUCGCAAUAAUACGAUCUCCAGUUCUCCAUUUAUUUCUUAAGCACUUAGA